UUGUUUUCAGAGUGUGUACGGCCAUGUCCUUCACUCACAAGCUGAUGUAACAUAGGAGAAGUACAGACUUAGCCAUGGUCAAGCCAUCAACAGAGAAAUCAAAUGCACAAGUCUGCAGGUUAAGACACUAUGCAUUACUGGCUUGUUUUCUUUGGACAUCAUUCUAUUUGGCUCUAUGGUUAUUGAAUGGUGGGAUCCACAUUAAACAAUUUCAACCCCCCAGACCUAAACCAGUUCCUCAAAAUAACAGUUCAUCCAUAAUGUCUGCCUUUGACAUGGGAAUCAGUGAUGAGGAGUGGGAAAGACUACAGAAGGCCAUUGAAUGGCCUAUUCCAGAUCAAGAAAUCACUCGUCUGGAUCAGAGCACAAGUCCAGUCCACUCAACUUUCUCUAUUAUGGGACUCAAAGAGAGUUACAAAGUGGGAGAAAAGAUCUCUGUUGCUAUCACAGCCAGAGACCACCGCAAGAACCUGAAAAGAUAUGGAGGAGAUUUUUUCAAAGCAAAACUUUUCAACGCAGAGCUAAAGGCGAGCGUGUAUGGGGAGGUUGUGGAUCAUCGUAAUGGGACUUACUCUGUUGCUCUUCUUCUGCCCUGGGAGGGUCAGGCACAAGUUUUUGUACGUCUUGAGCACUCCAGUGAGGUUGUGCAGAUUCUUAAGAAAUACAGGGACUCUUCAUUCCCACGCACCCACUUUAAUGGCUUCUUUGAAGGAUCAGGACCCAAUAAAAUCAGGAUCAGUGAAGUAGUAGAAUGUAAUCUUAAGUGGGGUGCAGAUGGAAGUUGGAGUAAAGGCGACUGCUGCUGUGAGUAUAAGGAUAUAAAAACAGGGACGGUGUGGCAGUGUGAGAGACCGAAGAAACUUUCCUGUGACAAACUGGUUCGCCACUCAGGCGGACGUUUGGAAAACCCAUUACAUCUUUUUGAGCAGCAGCUUUUUACAAAAAAAUUAACAAAUGUUGCUAUUAAUGGAGACAAAAAAAUCAUAAAUGUCCUUCCCAACACUUCAGCCAUUGGCACAAUGGAGAAAUGCAGGUCUGGCAUGAUGACACCAGUUCCUGCAGGAUUUUAUUUGAAAGAUGUCUGGAAGUCUUUUGUAUGCAACACUCGACAGUUCAGUCCUGCACAAAUGGCAAACUGUCUUAAAAACAAGAUUGUCUACUUCAUGGGAGACUCCACUACAAGGCAGUGGUUCGAGUACUUAGAAAGAACAGUGCCAGGCAUAAAAAGAAUGGACCUCCACACUCAUCCUGCAGGUGGCCCACUGAUGGCUGUGGAGUUGAAAAAUAAUAUCAUUGUUCACUGGAGGGUACACGGUGUUCCUUUGCGAUUUAGUAAAGUUAUGCCGAUAAUUGACCUGCAUUAUAUCAGUAAUGAUAUUGAUGAAAUAGCCGGUGGGCCUCAUGCAGUCGUUGUCUUCACAUACUGUGCUCACCUGGUUUUUCACCCGAUAACAUUUUACGUGUAUGAAGUGGCCAAAAUCCGCCAGUCUGUGGUUGCACUGCUGAGCCGCGCUCCAGAGACCACUGUCGUUAUCAAGUCUGGAAACACUGCAGGACUAAAGAAUAUUUAUCAAAGUGAUUGGCACAUGUUGCAGUUGGACACAGUGAUGCGGGAGAUGUUCAGAGACAUUGAUGGAGUCAUCUUCUUAGAUGUCUGGCAGAUGACUUCCUGUCACUAUCUACGUGAACACAUUCACCCAGGACCUGUUAUCAUUGCUAAUGAAGUCGACAUGUUGCUGUCAUAUGUCUGUCCUGCCUGAGGUCUGUUCAAGUUGAUUUGGUUCCAUAAAGGAAAUGAGAAACCUUCCUGGUCGGGAGAAGGCUAAUCAGGCUGUUACUUAACCAGAAUUCCUCUAACACUGGCCCGAUGGGAGCGUGACUCUCUGGCAUGCUAUGAUAUUAUUUGACUUUAUUAACCACUAUGAAUUUUGCACUGAUAUUCCGAAUAACUUAAUACACUUACAGGCUACAAACAAUGUGUGCUGUUUUCAUACAAAAUGAACCAGUAUAAAGCUCUGUCGGUUAUCAGUUUUGUUUGUAUAGUGUACCUCUAAACAUAUUGCUGUUUAUUAUUAAUUAUUCUUUCAUUCUGAAGUAUUGAAUGACAGAAGACUGUGAACUGUUGGAUAAAAUAACUUUAUUUUCUGCCCUGAAAACAUGAACAAUGAGACUAAAAAUAAACAAACUAUAUUAUAUAAAAUGUAAAUGAAAAAAAAAAAAUGUUUUAAUCGAUUCAAUAUGCUUUUUUCCAUACAUUUUCCGUAAACUCUGUAUAAAAUAAUUCACACAUUCACACGAGACUUCAAAUUCUUGCCCAUGUUUUCAACACUUCACUUCUGCUCUAGCUUGUGUGUCUACCUUAUAUUUACAUUCUUUUGGAUAAAAUCAUCUGCUGAAUGAAUAAAUGUAAAUCAUGACUCUGCUGUCAAUCAUUCAGGGCUCCACCCACAGAGGCUGUAAAAUAUUUUGUUGUGUGUCCCAAAUACUACGGCCUCUUCUUGUCAAGUUGAAGGAAAAAAAAAGAA